UCCGCCCAGUCCCUGUGCGAUCCGCAUCCUGCCCAUCGAUUCCCAGACGCCCUCCCAUGCGCUUCAGUUGCUAGUUGAUGGGGCAGUCCUGGAGUCGCAAACAUGAGGAUUACGGAGAUCAUUAUUGACGGUUUCAAAUCGUAUGCCGUGCGUACGGUGAUUUCAGGAUGGGAUGAAUCGUUUAACUCCAUCACUGGCCUUAACGGCAGUGGUAAAUCCAACAUCCUCGAUGCCAUCUGUUUCGUCCUAGGUAUUACGAAUAUGACCACCGUCCGCGCGCAGAACUUGCAGGACCUUAUCUACAAGCGUGGUCAAGCCGGCGUGACCAAAGCCAGUGUCACUAUUGUAUUUGAUAACCGCGACACCGCAAAAUCGCCUAUUGGUUUCGAAGAAUAUGCGAACAUCUCCGUGACCCGACAGAUCGUUCUCGGCGGCACGAGCAAAUACCUGAUCAACGGACACCGUGCGCAGCAGCAGACGGUGCAGAACCUGUUCCAGAGUGUGCAACUCAACAUCAACAACCCCAAUUUCCUGAUUAUGCAGGGUCGGAUCACAAAGGUUCUGAAUAUGAAGGCGGUUGAGAUCUUGUCCAUGAUCGAGGAAGCGGCUGGUACGCGAAUGUUCGAGGAUAGGCGAGAGAAGGCGGUGAAGACAAUGGGCAAGAAAGAAUUAAAGCUGCGCGAAAUCGAGGGUCUUCUGAAGGAAGAAAUUGAGCCAAAGCUGGAAAAGCUGCGAUCCGAGAAGCGAGCUUUUCUUGAUUUCCAACAGACACAAAACGAUCUUGAGCGACUGACACGCUUGGUCGUUGCUCACGAUUACCUUCGGGGUGGCGAGCGUUUGCGAGUUACGGGCGAGGAAUGCGAAGCCAAAAGACGCAAGGUGCAAACGCUCGAAGAUAAUGCGACUCGGCUUAAGAGCGAGAUAAAUCAUCUGGAAGAAGAUGUGAAGAGAGUGAGGACCGCUCGCGACAAGGAAUUACGAAAGGGCGGCAAAUUUCAAGCUCUUGAGGAUGAGGCCAAGUCGCAUUCGCAUGAACUCGUUCGGUUGACCACCGUGUUCGAUCUAAAGAAUGCUAGUAUCUCGGAAGAGAAAGAGAAGCAAAAGGAGGUCCACAGAACUGUGAAGGAUCUGGAGAAAGUUCUGAAGGAGAAGAAGAAGAUCUACGACAAACUGCAGGCCCAAUAUGACUCCGCCAAGGCAGAACUGGACGCCCAAACCGCCGAGGUGGAGCAAAAGGAGGAAUUGCUCCAGACACUACAGACCGGUGUGGCUUCGAAAGAAGGCCAGGAAAGUGGAUACCAAGGCCAAUUACAAGACGCCCGUAACCGUGCCAGUACCGCUGCUACGGAGCAAGAACAAGCCAAGCUGAAGAUUGCCAACCUGGAAAAACGAAUCAAGGAAGAGGAGCCGAGAGCGAAAAAGGCCAAAGAGCAGAAUUCGGGUCUCCUUAAGGACCUCGAAGGCCUCAAAUCGCAAGCUAAGAAGCUUGAUGCGGAGCUUGCAAGACUUGGCUUUGAACCGGGCCGAGAGGAGCAGCUCUAUCAGGAACAAACUACUCUGCAGAGGGAGAUCCGCGAAUUGCGUCAGAAUGCGGACGGCCUCCAACGCAGGGUUGCGAACAUCGACUUCCAAUACGCCGACCCUCACCCGAACUUCGAUCGGUCCAAAGUCAAGGGACUAGUGGCCCAGCUUUUCACGUUGAACAAAGAGAAGCUUCAAGCUGCUACCGCGCUGGAGAUUUGUGCCGGUGGUCGUUUGUACAACGUGGUGGUUGACUCUGCAGAAACCGGUACCCAGCUGCUCCAGAAGGGAAAACUUCGCAAGCGAGUGACAAUCAUCCCGCUAAACAAGAUAUCAUCUUUCAAGGCAUCCGCCGAGAAGAUUGGGGCGGCACAGAACAUUGCCCCUGGGAAGGUGGACCUGGCCUUGUCCCUUAUUGGAUAUGAUGAGGAAGUUACGGCGGCCAUGAACUACGUUUUUGGCAAUACCCUGAUUUGCAAUGACGCAGACACGGCCAAGAAGGUCACCUUUGACCCAUCCGUGCGAGUUAAAAGCGUUACCUUCGAUGGCGAUGUAUAUGACCCUUCUGGUACGCUGUCUGGUGGUAGCUCUCCAAACUCAAGCGGUGUGCUUGUUACCCUGCAAAAGUUGAACGAGAUCACGAGGGAGAUUAGAAGCAAGGAGCGCCUGUUGGCUACUUUGGAAGACACCAUGAGAAAAGAGAAAAAGAAGCUCGAUGCGGCUCGCUCGAUCAAGCAGGAACUGGACCUGAAGAACCACGAGAUUAAGCUUACAGAGGAGCAAAUAAGCAGCAACUCUUCCUCAUCGAUCAUUCAAGCCGUCGAGGAGAUGAAAGAGAACAUCCAGCAAUUGAAGAACGACAUUUCUGACGCGAAGUCUCGUCAGAGUGAGGCAUCCAAGGAUAUUAAGCGAAUCGAGAAGGAUAUGAGUGAGUUUAACAACAACAAAGACAGCAAGCUCGCCGAGCUGCAAGAGUCGCUGGAUUCUCUCAAGAAGAGUCUUUCAAAGAACUCGAACUCCGUCAAGACACUGCAGAAGGAGCUUCAAGAUUCUCGAUUGGAAUCGGAGCAGGUCGGUGGCGACCUUUCAGCGGCCGAGGAGCAAAGUACCGAGGCCGAGAAUACUCUUCAAUCACAGAUGGAGGAGAUCGAGUCGAUGAAGAGGGACCAAGCUCGUAUCAAGGACGCCCAUGACAUGGCUCAAGCACAGCUUGAUGACGAAAGAGCCAAGCUGACUGGCUUUGACGACGAGUUGCGCGACUUGGACGCGACCAUGAAGGCGAAGAACUCCCAAGUUACAGAAGAGGGUCUCGAAAUGCAAAAACUCGGUCAUCAACUUGAGAAGUUGCAGAAGGAUCAACAAGCUGCAGCCCAGGCCGUCUCUUACAUGGAAGAAGAGCAUGAAUGGAUUGCGGAUGAAAAGGACAAUUUCGGACGGUCCAACACUGCGUACGACUUCAAGAACCAGAACAUCGCCGAAUGCAAGUCGACGUUACGCAACCUGACGGAACGAUUCCAAGGAAUGAAGAAGAAGAUCAACCCUAAGGUGAUGAACAUGAUCGACAGCGUGGAGAAGAAAGAGGCUGCGUUGAAGAACAUGAUGAAGACGGUCAUUCGAGAUAAGCGCAAGAUUGAAGAGACCAUCAUCAAUCUCAACGAGUACAAGAAGGAGGCUCUUCACAAGACCUGGACCAAGGUCAACGCCGAUUUUGGACAGAUCUUCUCAGAGCUCCUUCCCGGCAGCUUUGCGAAAUUGGAUCCCCCCGAAGGCAAGGAUAUCACCGAUGGUCUGGAAGUCAAGGUGUCUCUGGGUAAGGUCUGGAAACAGAGUCUGACGGAAUUGAGUGGAGGACAACGAUCGCUUAUCGCUCUUUCGCUCAUUAUGGCCCUCCUGCAAUUCAAGCCAGCACCGAUGUAUAUUCUGGACGAGGUGGAUGCAGCACUGGAUCUGUCGCAUACCCAGAACAUUGGUCGUCUGAUCAAGACCCGGUUCAAGGGCUCCCAGUUCAUCAUCGUUUCCUUGAAGGACGGCAUGUUCCAGAACGCCAACCGGAUCUUCCGAACGAGAUUCAGCGAGGGAACGAGUAUUGUCCAGGCUCUCACUCCGGCCGACAUGAAAUGAUUGGGUUGGGAUGCCGUGCUUUUUUUCUUGAUUAUAUUUUCUGCUUCUUCCUAUUCUUGCUGUCCAUAUUGUUGCGUCGUUGGUCUUUUGCCAGUUGAUUCUCCGACCGUUCUAUCGUUUCUGGGUUGGCAUUGCGGGACAGGUCAUGGAGGACUAUUUACGAAGGUGUUUCUCGGAUCAUAUAUAUUGGCUGCUUUUACCUGUGAUGAUACACGCCUGAUAAUGAAUGAACCCAUUCUAUUCUCUG